AUGAACACAGUGUCGUUGCCACCUGCACUACCGGCUCCUGACGCGAAUCUUUUUCUUUCAUUGAUUUCCUACUUUUCAUUGAGUCUUUUCGCCUUUAUGCGGCGGGGCCUCGAGGAAGAGAGUAAGAUGUUGUCUCCAAAGGCAAAUGGCGUAUGCUUCCGUUCGCGUCUUGACGCCGCACCAGCUACAUCUAUUUAUUCACCAGCACAGGCUUUGGCAGCUAGCUUCUACCAUAUCUAUCGUGGCUCUCGAUUUGUUGCAGACUGUAGAGUCUUGUGCCUCGAGGAAGCUUGUACUUGUUGGCGAUGCUAUCGCGCGCGCCGCGCGGUAAAAUCGAGUAAGUCUUCUGGUUGCACGCGUGUCAGUCCAACAGCGCCAUCCGGGCCCUUUGUGCCUGCCUACCAGACAAUACUCGUCGGAGAGGCAACUUAAGCCCAUGCAGUCUGGAGCAUGGAUCUGAUGGAAUGAUCGUUGCUGAUGACAACAAACAGGCCAUCCCGCGCCAUCUGCAACACGCUCUUCCCUCAUAUGCAGUCUUUUUCGGCUGUACACCUACAACUUUGAUCGGUAUGCCGAAGCCGUUCGGUCACUUGGUGCGCGCUGGUAAGGAUCGGACGUCUGGCGAUGGACAUGCGGUCCUCUUAUACUGCAUACCAACUAUCCGAGGUGUCCAUGGAAUUCUUCUCCUCCGUAACGGCAGCUUCGAUCUCUUGUCGCAUCUUCUUUGGUUGGUUGAUUAACUCAGAUGAUCUCAGCUACAGCACGUUUUCGCGUGACGAACGUAGCAGCAAACCAUGGUUUUC